AUGUCUGGGGUUUCUGAUGCAAUUUCAUCUGAUGAAACGGACUCAAUCACAUAUGAAGAGUUUAUUGAACCGUUUAUCAUGCUUGGAACAACAGAUGCUAUCGAAUAUGUCAGUGAAAUGAUGAUUAAUUCGAAAACCCCAACAGAUACAUAUUUCAAAGAACUCACAAGUUUAGCAAUAGAUGAUUCUUUAUCAGAUUAUGAUCCAUUUUAUCGCCCAAGCAAGAAAAAGAAAAAAGAAUUAAGUGAUGCAGUCAAUUCUAUAAUACGUGGAACUAAUGUUUACAAAAGAUUAUACAACCGCAAUAUGCUAAUGUCAAUUGAUUCUGAAAUUGGUUCAGAUCGAGGUUUGAAAAUUUCAUUUCAACCGGAGCAGGUAGAGCCAAAUUCAAUAAAUGCAUUCUGCCAAGAGUUUCCAUUUUAUAUUACACCAAUUGAAGUUAUUCUCGCAGCUUACAGACUUAAAAAAAUCGAAAAAGAUUAUGCAAACACGUUAAUUAAGCAAAUAACAAGAAAACAUAAUAGAACUAGCGAUAAAACACUACUUGCAUAUCUUGGAAGUUCGAAUUUCAAUGCAAUUACUAAUUAUAAAAAAUAUGGAUUAUAUAGUCGAACAAAUUUCAAUCCAAACUACAAUAUUUCGACAGGAAUGGAUAGUAUGGCCAUGAAUGUUUUAAAUCACCAAUGGAUUGCCACUCCUUACCUCUCAAUUACGAAUGUUUAUGAUAAUAACAUUUCAGAAAAGAUCAAAAACAUGAGAGAUUUAGAAAGUAAGUUGACAUCUUUAUACGAAUUAUAUACUCUUAAUUUAUCAGCUUUACAUGACUUCACCCUUUAUCAGAAAAAUUGUGUUUACAUUUCAAAUAAUUUCAGAAGGGCCAUUGAAUUGAUCGAACCGAGAGGUUCUUUGAUAUUUAAGAUCUUUAAGAGGUAUUCAAGACACUGCUUCCAAUUCUAUGAGAAUUUCUUGAUUUCUCAAAUAGAAUAUUAUUUAUUUUCAAUAAUGAAUCUGAUGAGCUCGUCAGAAUGUGAGGAUAUUGAUAUGGAUGUAGGCCCUUCUUCGAAUCAGAUGCUGCCUUCUUUCGAAGAUUGUUUUUGGAAAAAAUACCAAAUUUUACGACUUCCAAAUUCACUAGAUAUUUCGAAUUUGACCUUUGUUACUACCAUAUUCAACAUUGUUUUAGCUGAAAUCGGCUGUUUGCCAAGUGUUGCCAAAAUUUUUUUAUCAAUUCAACAAAAAAUCAACACUUGGUGCAGAUCCUUUGAUACUGAAUUGAUUUUAACUAAGAGAGAAUCAUAUAUCUUCGUUGUUGAAGCAAAUUUGUGUAAUUUAAUUGAAAAUUUCAAAAAUGAUCAAAAUUCUGAUUUAUUGAAGAAUAUUCGAUUUGUAAUCCAAGGUGUUUUGAAUAUAUUAUACUACUCUGAUAUUCAGGACACAAAUUAUUGGAUUUACGAAGAAUUAAUUCAAUAUAUGGAAAUUUUUAAUGACGUAACAUCAGAAUCAUUCUUUGAUUUGAUAUAUCUGACUUUCGGUCUCUAUAAUAUUUUAUGCGAAUUUUCAGAAUUACCAGAAUCGCCAAAUUCGAAAAUUUCUUUAAGAAAUGGAUUGAUUGAAGGAUAUUACGAGGAUGGUAAUGAAGUUAAGUGUUCUCAGUAUUUUCCUCAUCUCAUUCUUCUUCAUGAUUUAGAAGAAUACAAGAGUCCAUAA